GACACUUCCCACUACACCUGCUGGCCGGGGGAGGGCCACCAGGACACGGCUUCUGUGGCUCACAGGAGGGAUCCUGACCAAACACAGCCAGAGAUCAGCCUGGCACCUUCACCAUGAGCGUCUCCGAGUACCGGACCACCGGCAAACAGAUCACCAGCAGCCUGCAGAGUUUGUCACCGAUUGUCCAGCUAAACAUUGGUGGAGAGAUAUAUGCUACAACACUAAGCACUUUGAGGAAGUGUCCUGGGUCCAAACUGUAUGACAUGUUCAAUGGGCAGCCAAAACUUCGCACAGACUCUGAAGGACGAUUCUUUAUCGACAGAGAAGGAAAGAACUUCAAAUACAUCCUGGAAUACCUGCGGAGCAGCCAAGUUCCUACUCAAUGUAUCCAAGAGGUAUACAAAGAGGCUGUCUUCUAUGAGAUUGAACCACUGGUGAAGAAAUUGGAAGAAACUCCACAGAUCUUUGGGGAACAAGUUGGAAGGAAGCAGUUCCUGGCCCGAGUGCCCAACUAUAGUGAGAAUAUUGAAGUGAUGAUACGCAUUGCCAGAGCAGAGGUGAUAGCCUCCCGCUACUCCAACGUCAUUGUGUGCGUUGUGAGGACAGAGGAAGAUGCAUCCAAGUGCAAUGACGCCCUAAACUCACUGGAUAUGGAUAAGGAGUCUUUGGUCAAAUUUGGCCCAUGGAAAGCCUCACCAGGAAUUUCUGAUCUCCUUGACUGUAUUAAGCUUGACAUUGAAGAGAAAGGUUACAAUGUGUCAUUUCAUUCUCAUGUGGCCGAUAAAGGUUUUAGGUUCAAGUCAUAUGACUUUUUGUGUAAAUUUUUGUAUAAGUUUGUAUUCACUUGGUGGUAACAAAAGUAGGUAAAGGCUAUUCAGCAGUCGUAACUCUUUAUUUUCCAUAGAUAUUCAUGGUGCAUUGUUACAGAAAACAAAAAACAAAUUUUAAGUUUACAUAUUUUAAUAUCUUAAUAGAUACAAUAUCUUAUUUAAAUCAUUACAUAUCAAGUCACCAUUUACUACAUUUACCAAAGCUUACAGUAUUUUCCUUGAGCCCUGUUGUACCAUAUAUGAAGAAAAACGUCACGUAAAUACAUUAUACAGUUUGGUCAUUAUUAUUGGCUUUUGUAAUCAUAUUACAGUCAUUAUAGUUGCACAAACUAAAACAAGCAUAUGCACAAUAAUCUCAAGGUAGAUGUAUAAUUUUAAUACAUACACAGAAUAAUACCAGUAUUUUAAUAUGGUAAAUAUAUAAUAACCUUAAUUAAUAAAUUAAAGUCUAUAUGAAAGGAAGAUUCUAUAUGAAAAUAUAUAUAUAAUUUAACUCUUGAAUAGGUGCUAUAGGUAUCAUUUAUUUCCUUAUUUGUAAAUGUACUAUUUUUUUAAGAAUUUUAUUACUUGAAAUAUGAUUACAUUUUGGAUAUAAUUUUAUUUUGCAAAUAAUUUCAAAUUUAUAAGUAGAGAUAGGGUGAUAAGUCCUUAAUAUUAAGCUUGGUAAUUAUGAAUUACCUUGCUUGUUUUUAAUUUUUCUAAUAUAUAUUUUUUACGAGUUUUUUAUGAGUCCUUUGGUAAAAUUCAUUGCAGUGUACAGAGUAAAAUAAACAUAUUUAACAACAAAAUGACCCCAUGAGACUUUACUAAUCAUAAAUAAUAUUCCAACAAACAAAAUAUAUUUACAGACUUGAUGUGUAAAAGGCCAUUUGUAAGCAUCCUGGAAAUCUUGCUUGAAUCCAGAAAUAAAUGUAAUUCAACAAAGUUCACUGUUUUUUGCAAACAACAUGGUGGCACGCAGGUAUACAGUCUUCCUAUAUAUAUGUUUCAUACAAUAUUCCUGCAAUAGAAAUGUAUUAUUUGAGAUUUUUGUGGUGGAAGUAGAUUUGCCAAUGUGUUUUAUUAUCCUUUUAUAACCAUCUUUGGCCAGUGUGGUUUUCUUGCAUGUUUUGUAAGAAUAAACUAAUGACUUAA